CUUUGUUAUAUCAAUUUGUGUUGUUACCAGUAAUUUAUAUAUGCCUUCUGGAUACCACUAGUCGAAUUGUAUUCGAUAGUUAUGUGAUUUCACACCAUAUUUUGAUGACAACAUUUUUUGGAUUCAUGUGUAGUAGUACCAGCUAAGAAGCCAUUUUCAAUGUACACUCUCUAUGUAAGUAAAAGUACCCUGGUACUCUAUUAUGUAAUGUAUAUGCCUAUUAUGUAUUGUAUGCCUGGACGAACAUGAAUCACUGGAUUCACUACCAAGCACAAUGGGACCGUUUCAACUUGGACUUGUGUUCACACUCUGCCUGUAUGCUACUUUGACGGAAUGUGUACUGCAGUGAGCAAUCCUUCAUUAAACUGUCGAUUAAUGAAAACUUCAUUAGAAAACAAUAUCUUAAAACGAGGAUUCCAUACAACCCGAAUAGUACAGCAUCUUUUCAACUAGAGCUACUGCAUGCGGGUGAUGUACAUCCCAACCCCGGACCAGAUCGGGAUCAAGAUGGCACUGUACCAUCUUUUGCCAUUCAUCGUGACCCUCCCCUUCAGCGUAGAAUUCACUACUCUCCAGGGGAACUGUUACAGUGGAGAUCUACAAAGCUUCGACUGUCGUCCGACGUUCGCGAUGUCAUCCAUUCUUUUGGAAUACAACGAAGAAAGACAAGGAGAGGUAGGCGCGGUGGCCGCAGAAGAAACUGUCUCCGACAAUCAAAAGUGUCAAGAUCAUCAUCAUCAUCAUCAUCAUCAUCUCCAAACAUUUUACUUUGUUCCAUGAACGUUCGCUCAGUGCGCAAUAAAUCAGCCCUGAUCCACGACUUCAUCUGCGACAGUAAUGCUGAUCUUAUUACAAUGACAGAAACCUGGCUAACGGACAAUGACUCUACAGUUCUAAAUGAAUUUGUUCCUUCUGGCUAUAAAUUAGUUCAUCAUCCUCGUAGUAUCCGCCGUGGAGGGGGAACUGGACUUGUCUACAGAGAUACCAUCAAUGCUCUUCAAGCCACAGCUGAUGUGCGGCUUGCCGGGACAGGUAGCAGCGAGCGGAUGGGACGGGUAGAGGUCUUCCUCGGCGGAGAAUGGGGGACAGUUUGCGACGAUGACUGGGGUUACGAUGACGCUGAUGUGGUCUGCAGACAGCUGGGCUACCAUGAAGGUGCUUCUGGCUUUACGACUAAUGCCCGGGAAUUCGGCCAAGGCUCAGGAAAUAUCUUCCUCGACGACGUGUCAUGUAAGGGCUAUGAGGAUCGAAUCACCGACUGUGAAGCCCUUUUGAAUACUGUUGGGGAAACCAAUUGUGGCCAUGACGAGGAUGCAGGAGUGAAAUGCCAAGGGUGUACCGUGGACUCGGAUUGCGAGCAGGAUGGAAUUUGUAAUGUGGAUAUGUACUGCGCCUGUCAACCUGGGUACUUUGGUGAAAACUGUGAAGACGGGUGUACCGUGGACUCGGAUUGCGAGCAGGAUGGAAUUUGUAAUGAGCAUAAGCUAUGCGACUGUCAACCUGGGUACUAUGGUCCAAACUGUCGAGACGUAAAUAUUUUUACAGACUCAAAACGCCAAUCGGAGGAUGUGGAGUUCUAUCUUAAAAAAGAAGAACAGAUGGCUGCUGAAGAAGAAUCCAAUGACAAAAAGGAGGCUGACUUGAAGAAGAAAGAUUUCCUCCAGGCUCUAUAUGAUCUCCUGGCCGAACUCAAUGACAAAUAGAUGAUAUAAGGCAGCGGACACACUGAACUUGGAGAGGACUUGGAGCUUAGAUAUGGAGAGGCUUUUUUCUGCACGUUCGCUCGGCCGUUUAUUCAUUCACGGUUGGGUCUGGACGAGCAGAGACUAUGAGUGAUGUCACUUCAUAUUGAAAGGUGUGACGCGUGACCGUUACAGCGGAGUCGAAAAGUACCCUUUAUUUUGCAUACUUCCAAGAACAUUUUCCCCACAAAUAUAGAAAACAUGAUCCCUUUUGCACAAGAGCUGGUACAAAGAUUAAGCUCUAGAUGAAAUCCUUAUGUUUAGUUUAUCGAGUACACAGUAACAUAAAGUAGCCCCCUCUAGCCUGUUAUUGAGAAGAAAGAACAAUAUACGCAUUCACAUGUUUGUGAACAAAUAUCACCCCUUUUCAUCAAUUUCCGUUUUCUUAACAAACAAAAUCCCUUUUUCAAAUCCGCAAACAUUCCCGUCAACUACCUAUUUAACGCGAAAUUUCUAAUUAUCAUGUCCCACACACGAUAUCAAUAGGAAGUGAUACCACCGCGUAGAGCCUCAGCACAUUUUGACAAAAGUUGGAUUCCAAGUCCGUCCCCUGGUCUAUACCCCCAAAAUGACGAAUUUCCUAAAUUUUACUAACUCUAUAUAGGUUUCUAACUACUGUGCUAACUGCUUUAACCCAAAACUUAAUUCCUUUGAAGAGAAACCGUUUUUUUUUUUUUUUAUGAUGACGUUAAAUGUAAUAAGUGUCACUUUUUUGUAUCCCAUAACAUAUAGCUCAGUGAAAACGCGCAGCAAUAUUUCCUUUUUCUGCUGCGGUUUACCGUGUCAUAUCUGAACGAGAUUUUAUUAAAAGAGAGAGAGGGAGAGAGAGAGUGAGAAAAAAAAUAUCAAAGAUUCAGGAUUCUUAAUCCAUCGGGGGGGGGGGGCACAUGUCUCAAAAAGUGCUAACGAGCUCCCUAAAAGCUCCCCCAAAAUUUUCACGUACUUUCUCUCUCUUCUUCUUUCUUUCUCCGUUUCUUUCUGUUUGUUUAAACGUUCAUCUAAAAUCAAACGUUAUCAGCACGGUUUUAUCAUAGCGAUAUUUUUGCUAUAUAGACGAUAUCAUUGUUUACUUUGUAUUUGUAGAGGUUCAUCUCAAACCGACAUGCUUAUAUAACUGAGCAAAGUUUCCUACCCUGUAUUUACGUAUAUAAUCUUUCAUUAAAACAUGAUCUAUGUAUUGCAAGAAGAA